CCAGGAUCCAGCCCAAAACAACAUCAGAACUCGAGGCAUCUCACAGGUACAACAGGCAGAAGAAUUGAGUGACCCACCUUCGUUCACAUGGACUGGAUUUUCUCUGAAUUUAAACUUUGCACCAGUGGAAAAUCAACAAAAUAAUUAAAAGUAGGCCUAAUGCUUUUUAUUUUUACAUUAGUGACAAUGAUUAUGAAACUUCCUCAGAAUGUUGUGUCAUCAUGGGAUGAGUGAUCAGGGGUACUGGUGCUCUUUACCCAGUUAUUCCUUCUGUGGCUGCUGCAGAGGAGAACUAGAUGUCGUAAACCAAGACUGAAGCCUACCACAUUUUGGGGGAUUUGACGCUGAACAUCUACAACUGAGAAACCAUGGGAGUCUGUCCUGCUGUGUCUAUGUUUUUCCGCAAGUGCAAGUAUAUGAUACUGUUGCUGCUCUCCGUUUCCGUCUUGGCUUGGUACGCCACUUUUUCCGGUGAAACAGUGAAAGCAAUUCAGGGAACCCUUUUGCCAGUGCAAACACUUGCUGAUAAUACUGAGGUCCUGAGUGGAGGAGAAGGAAAUUCGUGGAGAUCAGUGACACAGGUCUUCUCCAAUCCUCUCCCUGACACCUCACCACCAAAACAAAGCUGUCCUGAGAAAUCGCCACUGCUCCAAGGAGCCCUAAACCUCACAUUUAAGGACUCUCUAACGCUUAAGGAGGUGGAGAGUGAGAACAGUGGAGUGGCUGAGGGCCAAUACCAGCCUCCAGACUGCCUCGCCCAGCAGAGUGUGGCUAUCCUCAUUCCCCAUCGUAACCGGGAGAAACACCUCCUCUACCUCCUGCAUCACCUGCACCCCUUCCUUCAGAGGCAGCAGCUGCACUACAGCAUCUACGUCAUUCACCAGGCUGGAGAGGUGACGUUUAACCGUGCCAAGCUACUUAAUGUUGGGUACUUGGAGGCACUCAAGGACUACGAUUGGGAUUGCUUCGUUUUUCAUGAUGUGGAUCUGGUUCCAGAGAACGACUACAACCUAUACAAGUGUGACCAACAGCCCAAACACUUAGUGGUCGGCAGGAACGCCACAGGGUACAAAUUGCGAUACAAAGGGUACUUUGGAGGGGUGACGGCCAUGACGAAGGACCAGUUUCACAAAGUCAACGGCUUUUCAAACACUUACUGGGGAUGGGGUGGGGAGGAUGAUGACCUUCGCAUCAGGGUGGAGCUCCAGAAAAUGGAAAUUAUACGACCCCCCCCUCUCAUAGCACGCUAUACCAUGGUAUUUCAUAAAAGAGAUAGCGGCAAUGAAAUCAAUAAAGACAGGAUGCGUUUGCUAGCACGGACACCUAAAGUCUGGAGAAAGGAUGGCCUUAACACCUGCUCCUACAGUACUCUAUCAGUUGAGAGGCCACCUCUGUACAUUAAUGUCACUGUUGACAUUGGCGAACCAAUGCACUGAGCACCUCUCUUCGUUUACUGCAGUGUGUACAGGAUUAUUGAUCUGGCAUGUCCAUGCCUACAUGUUACUUACCAGAGGGUCGCAAACAGAAGGUUAGUGGCAGUAGCUGUUGACCAUAAUUCAUGUGAUCUACUCAGUUUUCACUGUAAACCAUUCCAAGCAGGGCAUGUAAAAUUGCUAAGUCCUCAUAAUGUAAGUCUGGUAGCCCUAUACAGUCAAACCUGGUGACCAGGUUCUAGGGGUGAGAGUAAGACCAAAAUAUAUAUUUUUCUCUACAACAGAGCAUUAUUUGAUUUAUCCUAGACUUAAAGGGGCAAUCUGCAAUUGCUAAAUCAAUUUUUGGACUUAGAACCCAACAUAUAUAAGCAUAUUUUACACCAAUGUUUGUAAACAUUGUACAUGUAAAUAAACACUGUAUAUGAUAUUUAUCCAUUGAUUCUUGAAGAAUGUAACUUUUAUAAAUGCCUAAUGAGCUUAGUUCAACUGUUGUACCCCAUCAGAACCCAACAUAUAUAAGCAUAUUUUACACCAAUGUUUGUAAACAUUGUACAUGUAAAUAAACACUGUAUAGCCUCAAAACAUGCUUAAAAAUAUAAUUUUGAUAUAUUGUAUGGUCAGUACUUUUCUCUGUCGAUUUAAUUUGAAUAUUUUGCAUUUCUCCAGGCCAGUCACUCAGCUUUUUGCCAAAAUUAGAGUCAUGUGGCGCUUUAUUGUUUCAACUAAGGAUUUUCCCGCUAAGAUGUGUUGUUACUUGAUUGUUUCAACAAGUUAUAUGCAUUCGAAUAGAGUAUGUUGUCAUGUUUUUGAUUCUAAAGAAUCCUGGGUGUUAGACCUGGAUUUGGUCAUUUCUUAAAAUCUCUUGUUGUCAAAUGGGAACAAAGAAUUGCUCUCAAUUCAUUCCUAUUUGAUGAAUGUAGUAGCUAAUAUAGGACACAAGGGACUCAUUUACAUAUAUUGAUCAUUCUCACAUGGUUCCAUGUUUAUGAAAGUAUGUUACAUUAAGAUGAAAUGUAAUUUUUAUUAGAUCUUGUUACAAUAUUACAGUGUAGAUGGCUUCAUUUUAUACACUUAUCACAAGUUUGAUAUUUUGGAUCAACAUUUUGGAUAUGCUGAUUCAAGAUUUGUGAAGUUACUCAUACAAUAUUACACAUUUGACGUACGUAUGAUACUUUCUGUUGCCUUAAAGCUGCAAUAUGUAACUUUUUGGGCGACUUGACCACAUUCACGUAGAAAUGUGUUAUCGAUCUGUCAUUCGCAUUUGAAAGCAAGUCUUAAGAAGCUGCAGAUCUGCUCUGUGUGCAAUUUCUACUCUUCCCGUCCUUAAAAGUUUAAGUCUUUUACUUUUGGUUUUGUACACCAGCCGAAGUUACAAUAUUUUCAGUUAAGGAAAAUAUAUUUCACAGUGGUUUAGAUGGUACAAUGAUUCUCUACACUAUACUUUAAUUGCAUCAUUUCAGUUUGAGACUAAACAAAUUAUUAGAAUGUUUGCAAACCGGAAAUAGCGGAGUGAUUUCUUCAUAGUGCAUCUUUAAAUAAACCUUUUUAAUAGAC